AGGAGGACUUUGAGGCGUUGGGUGCGCAUGAAUUCAAGGUCAAGGAGAUGGAGCAGCAGGUGCUGUGUCUGAAGCUGGAGCAGGAGCUUGCCACUGCGCGUCUGCGUCUGGGGGCGAUGCGCAAGACGACCUAUCACCAGGAGCUGGAUCUGUAGGCUGUAGAUGUGUGGCAUCUGAACACUUCCUCGGCCUGUCCCCGCAUCCGAGGCAGCAUCGACCAAGACCUCUCUAACGGUGUCUAACAGUGUCUAUACUCUUGUACCUACUACUGACAUGUUUAAGACAACGGCCAACAUCGGCGCCCUGCGUGAAGACAUUGAUGUUCCUCGGCUCGAGGCCUACCUCAAGAAUGCCGCACCCGGCAUCGCAUUGCCCAUCACAUUGCAGCAAUUCAUGCACGGACAGUCCAACCCGACCCUGCUCAUCAACGACAAGAAUGGCGACAUGUACGUCUUGCGCAAGAAGCCUCGCGGAGAGCUGCUCUCCAAGACGGCACACGCGGUAGAGCGCGAAUACCAAGUCAUUUCUGCCCUGCAAGGCACAAACGUGCCCGUCCCAAAGACCUAUUGCUUGUGCGAGGACACAUCUGUAGUGGGUACGCCCUUUUACAUCAUGGAGUUCUUCCAGGGUCGCAUCUUUACCGACCCCGGUAUGCCCAUGCUUCCGCGCGAGGAGAAGCGUGCUGCAUGGAACUCCGUCUUGCAGACUCUGGCCAAGCUGCACAAGAUUGACCCCAAGCAGGUGGGCCUUGAAAAGUAUGGCCGUCCAACAGGCUUCUACAAGCGUCAACUCGCUACCAUUGAAAAGGUGACGCAGGCGCAGUCUGCAGCAAAGGAUCUCGACACUGGCGAAAUUGUUGGCCAGAUGCCGCACUGGCAAGACUUGCAGACCUGGUUUGCCGGCCAUAUGCCGCCCGACCGGACAUCGAUCGUGCACGGCGACUACAAGAUUGACAAUUGCGUGUUUCAUGCGACGGAGCCUCGCGUAAUUGGUAUUCUCGAUUGGGAGCUGAGUACGAUUGGACACCCACUCAGUGACUUGGCCAACCUCUUGCAGCCACACAGUCUGCCUUCUGGCAACGGAGACGGAUCACUCAGCGGAUUCAUGGGCAAGGAAGAUCUUGGAGGUGUUCCAACUAUUCAAGAGGCUCACGCCGAGUACGCAGCCACUGCUGGCUGGAACCCUGCAGACGACUUUUUGUUUGCGAGCGCCUUUGCGCAUCUGCGUCUGGCUUUCAUUCUGCAAGGUAUCGCUGCACGCGUUGCACGGAAGCAGGCUUCUUCCCUGAAGGCCAAGCACCACGCCAAGGCCUUUCCCUUGCUGGCGGAAAUGGCCUGGUUUACGAUCGAGGAGGGCUCUGAGGCAAAGACAAAGUUGUAAGUUGCUGCACGGUAAACUUGACGGGCCGGAUCCAGGACUUUGCUGCAAGGACGACGUCUUCCUCCGAGGUGCGU